AUGAGGGCAUAUGUGUCUUUCGGUACCUUUGGGGGUAAUUUAGGAAAUGAAAAGAAUUUCGCAUUUCGGAUUCGGAUAAGAGUCAAGACAAACAAGACGUUCGCCUCGCCGACGGCGAGACCGUCGAGUUUGAUCGAGUCAGAUCCCAGCGGCCGCACCAAGGCCGUCGACGUCACCGGCCCUGACGAGGCUACCGUUCAAGAUCCUGCAGCGGUGGAGGCGGCUCCAGCGGAGGAGGCGGGAGAGGAGGCUCCCGCGAGCCGGAUUUUAAAGCACGCUGGUGAUUUGGCUGCUGCCGCUGCAGCAUUAGCAGAUGAAGCUAGAUGUAUGGAUCUUGCAGAUCGCUACAUAAACAAUGAAUGUGUUAAGCGUAUGCUUCAGGCUGAUCAGGUUGCUCUAGGUGAAAAAACUGCAGUGUUGUUCACCAACGACAUGCAGUGCAUGUGGAUGGCCUAUUUGCAUGAAGGCUUGGAACCCAAAGUGGUGCACAGGGAUGUUAAAUCAAGUAAUAUUCUUCUGGAUAGAAAGUGGAACGCAAAAGUAUCAGAUUUUGGAUUGGCGAAGCUAUUGGGGCCCGAGUCAAGCUAUGUGACUACAGUAAUGGGAACAUUUGGGUUCGUUAAUCCUCAAACAGCUGAAACAAAUUUGGAUAAGUUUAAAGUUUGUCAGAUUCAG